ACUCAGCUCCUCACUGCUGUCUCAAUCUGUGCUGAUUUACCUGCUUCAGUCCAGAAGACAAAGAGCACAAAUGGCAUUCUCCACCAACAGCACGCAGUGGAGUACGAGCAGCCGUGUCCAGCCCUCUGCACCCAGUGUCAGCAGUGUGACCUCCAGGAAAAUGUCCAUCCAGAAGAUCCAGGCACCCAGUGUCUAUGGGGGAGCUGGGGGCUAUGGCACCCGCAUAUCAGCCAGCACCAGCCCUGGCCAAGGCCUCAGAGGAAGCCUCCAGCUCAGCAUCACUGGGAGCGAUGUGCUGCUCGCUGGCAACGAAAAAUCAACGAUGCAAAACCUGAACGAUCGCUUGGCUGCGUACCUGGAGAGGGUGCGCUCACUGGAGAAGUCAAACUCCCUGAUUGAGAGGCAGAUCAGGGAAUGGUAUGAAAAGAACACCACAAGCAUAGGGCAGGACUAUAGCUCCUACUUCAAAACAAUUGAUGAACUCCGAAACAAGAUUUCUGCUGCCCAGAUGGAAAAUUCCAGACUUGUCCUGCAGAUCGACAAUGCCAAGCUGGCUGCUGAUGACUUUAGGCUGAAGUUUGAGAAUGAACACCUGCUCAGGCAGAGUGUGGAGAGCGACAUCACUGGACUGCUCCGUGUCCGUGACGAUCUGACUCUGACCCAAGCUGACCUGGAGUCCCAGAUUGAGAAUAUAACCGAGGAGCUUGUUUUCCUUAGGAAGAACCACGAGGAGGACCGUGACAGGCUGCGCAGAGAGGCGAGCAGCUCUGUGAACGUGGCGGUGGAUGCUGCUCCUGGCAUUGAUCUCGCAGCUGUUAUGGAAAACAUGAGAAAGCAAUAUGAAGAAAUGGCAGAAAAGAACCGCCAAGAAGCCAAAGAACAUUUUGAAAAGCAGACAGCAGAACUGAACCAGGAAGUUGCCCUCAAUAUUGAGCAGCUGGAGGUCCAAAGGAAAGAGAUCACGGAACGGAGACAGGUCUUCCAGAACCUGGAGCUGGAAUUACAGUCCCUGCUGACCAUGAAACAGACCCUGGAAGGCACUCUGGCUGAAACAGAAGCACGGUACAGUUACCAGCUUGACCAGAUACAGGGAGCAAUUUCCAGUCUGGAGGCUCAGCUGAGGCAGCUCCGAGCUGACAUGGAGGCUCAGAACAGUGAGUACAGCAUCCUGCUGGAUGUCAAGACUCGCUUGGAGAUGGAGAUCGCUACAUACCGCCGGCUGCUGGAGGGAGAGGAAAGCGGGCAUUUAGAAGAGAUAUCGUUGGCAGUAGAUGCUGAAAAAGAAUCAAGUAAGUUUAAGAAGAUCAAGACAAUAGUGGAGGAGGUAGUUGAUGGCAAGGUUGUCUCCUCUGAGGUCAGAGAGUUUGAAGAGAAGAUGUAAAUGGCACCACCAGAAAAGAUGCCUCUGAGUUCCCUGGAACUGAUGCCAAAACGAAAAGGUUUAUAAAGAAUCUGAUCUAAUUCACCCUAAACCCCAGACGGAUUAAAAAAUGCCAAAAUCACAAAUCUUUUGCUGAUGUUGUUGUUUUUCUCGGGGAGCAUUAAUAAAAAUCUGUAAGUCACAA